AUGGUGGCCAGAGUAAGUGGCGAGCUGGGACUCGGAUUAGUCGCCAUAUCGGAGCCUAAUAGGAUUCCGGACGACGGGCGUUGGGUGUCCUCGCUGGACAGCCCACCUUCUGCCGCCAUCACCUGGCAGUGGGCCCAGACGAGGAUACCCUGUUCACUCCUCUGGAGAGGGAGGAGGUUCGUGGCCGUGGACUGGGGGAACACUGUAGUGGUGUCCUGCUACUUCCCCCCCAGUCUGAGCGAUGAGGACUUCUUAACGGACAUGAGCGAACUUGAGGGAAGGCUAGCGCAAGUGGUGGGUCGCCCGGUCAUCGUAGCUGGUGACUUUAACGCUCGUGCUUAUGCCUGGGACAGGGGGGGUCGCAACAGGAGGGGUGAUCUCCUCCUGGAGUGGCUGGCUUCUGUGGACCUGCAGGUGAUGAACGAGGGAGAGGAGCCUACGUGUUUGCACCCGCGUGGUUCUUCUAGGGUUGACCUGACGUUGGCCUCUCGCUCGGCGGCCAGGUCGACCACAGGAUGGAGGGUCGCUGGAGAGAUAGAGUCACUUUCCGACCACUUGUACGUGACGAUGGAGGUUGGUGCUCGGAUCAUUGGCCCGGAGGUCGGGAAAACCGCAUUGAGGACCUUCCCCAGAUGGGUGACGAGCAAGGUGGAUGCCGACCUGAUGGAGGCGGCGGCGGUUUUUUCGGCCUGGUGUGGAAUCCCGGAAGACGCCGCUGGAGGAGCCGAUCGACUGGAUGGGAUACUGCACGAGAUAUCCGAUGCAGCGAUGCCGAGGAGGGGGCUCCCACGAAAGCCCCACGCGUAUUGGUGGUGUGAGGAAAUUGCAGAGCUGCGCCGUGCCUGCAAUCGUUGUAGGAGGAAGGUGACGCGUGCGCGAGCGUGUGCGAGCGUGACGCCGGAGGGAAUGCGGGCCCUCUGGCGAGAUCUUAGGGACAGGCGCAGGGAGCUGAGGUCGUCGAUCGCUCGAUCCAAGGCGAAGCUUUGGAAAGAGCUGGUCGACGAUCUUGAGCGGGAUCCCUGGGGCACGCCUUAUAGGAUAGUCCUGCGGAAGUUACAUUUGGGAGGCGCAUCCGUGCUGGAGGUGCUUCCCCCUGAGACAGCGGAAAAGAUAGUGGCGACACUCUUCCCCGCGGAUUUGACCCCGCCGGAAGGGGAAGUAGUCGCUGAGUGGACUGACGACUAG